AUGACUCACGUCUGGAUUCAGAAGGGAGCUGAUGGGUUCAGAAGGGAGAAUGAAGAUGACAGACCUCAGCAGGAAAGUCCCGAGCGAAUGGAACUGCAUGGGAUGUUAUCAGGAAGCACCAAAGGGGAACUUUCCCAGAAUCGUGAAAAGGAAAAAGCCAGUGAGAGUCAGUCUUAUAAAUGCCCCGACUGUGGGAAAAGCUUCCACUGGAGCUCACGCCUUGCCAUUCAUCAGCGAAUCCACACAGGAGAGAAGCCACAUAAGUGUGCCGACUGUGGGAAAGGCUUCAAUUGGCGGGCACAGCUUAUCACACAUCGGAGAUGCCACACGGGAGAGAAACCCUUUACAUGCGAGGACUGCGGGAAAAGCUUCAUGCGGAGCUCCAGCCUUACUGAACACAAGAGAAUACACACGGGAGAGAAACCCUAUCGAUGUAAAGAUUGUGGGAAAAGCUUCUGCAUGAGCUCGGAUCUUAGUAAACAUAGAAGAGUGCACACGGGAGAGAGACCCUAUAAAUGCCCCGACUGUGGGAAGAGCUUCAGAGUGAGCUCAAACCUCACGGCACAUCGGAGGAUCCACACCGGAGAGAGACCCUAUAAAUGCCCUAAAUGUGAGCAAAGCUUCCGGCAGAGCUCCACCCUUCUUAAACAUCAGAGACUACACUUGGGAGAGAAACCUUAUAAAUGCCCUGACUGUGGGAAAAGCUUCACGGGUAGCUCAACCCUUAUUACGCAUCAGAGACUGCACACGGGAGAGAGACCCUAUAACUGCUCUGAUUGCGGGAAAAGGUUCAGUCAGAGCUCAGCCCUUACUAAGCAUCGGAGAAUCCACACAGGAGAAAGACCCUAUAACUGUUCUGACUGCGGGAAAAGCUUCACCAACAGCUCCCAUCUUAUUAGACAUCAGACAACCCACACUGGAGAGAGACCCUAUAAAUGCCCGGAAUGCGGGAAAAGAUUCAGGCAGAGCUCGGCCCUUGUGAAACAUCGGAGGCUCCACAUGGGAAACACUGUAAAUGUCGACCUUACAGAGAAUGCUCAGACCACCAGUGAAGCCAGGCGGGAUGGGAACCCAUGA